UUUUUAAGAAAAGAGGAGCAAUACAUCACUCACUCUAAGAAGAUCCACCCCUUUUUCUUUUUUCACCUAAAAAAGUGUUCUACAUUUGAUUUCUCAAAUACCCAAAAGCCUAUUUUGAGUUCAAUCUUACCAUUCUUGAAUAAAAAUGCUAUCUUUAUGUGUUUUGUGUUUAUGGGUAUCUAAGUCUUGAAUAACAAUGCAAUCUUUAUGUGUUUUGUGUUUAUGGGUGUCAAAGUUUUGAAUAAAAUACCAAUCUUUAUGUGUUUUGUGUUAAAGGGUAUCAAACUUUUCUUCUUUUCUUUGGGAUUGAUCUAAAAAAGAUUAAAUUUUUAGUUGUUUUGACUGAUGAAGAAAAUAGUAUGACUGAUUUUUGAGAGUUCUUGGCAUAUUAUUUUUUGGAUUUAUUCAAGUGUUUAGUUUCGGAUUUUAGUAAUGGAGUCAAGAAUGGAACAUUAUGAGAUCAUGGAACAGAUUGGGCGUGGAGCAUUUGGUGCUGCUAUUUUAGUUAAUCACAAGCAAGAAAGAAAGAAGUAUGUGCUCAAGAAGAUUCGAUUAGCUCAACAAAGUGAACGUUGCAGGAGAUCUGCUCAUCAAGAGAUUUUGGAACCAAACAGGCCAUUAAAUAAGGAUACUUGCAACUUGGAUGUACAGAUGGCAUUGAUCGCUCGUCUUCAACAUCCAUAUAUUGUUGAGUUCAAGGAAGCAUGGGUAGAGAAGGGCUGCUAUGUUUGCAUUGUUACCGGCUAUUGCGAAGGUGGUGAUAUGGAUGAACUGAUGAAAAAAGCAAAUGGGCAAUAUUUUCCAGAAGAGAAACUUCUGAAGUGGUUCACUCAAAUUUUGUUGGCAGUGGAAUAUCUGCAUUCAAACUUUGUACUACACCGUGACCUUAAAUGCUCAAACAUCUUUCUGACCAAGGAACACAAUGUUCGCCUUGGGGAUUUUGGCCUUGCGAAAACGCUGAAGGCUGAUGACUUGGCUUCUUCAGUAGUUGGAACUCCCAAUUACAUGUGCCCAGAACUUCUUACGGAUAUUCCAUACGGUUUUAAAUCAGAUAUUUGGUCCUUAGGCUGCUGUAUGUAUGAAAUGGCUGCUCACCGCCCUGCAUUUAAAGCAUUUGUAAGGCUUCUUGAAUUUGUUUCUAUCAUCUCCAUUUCAAUUCCUUGGAUACAUAAUGAAAUGGGAAACUGACCAUAUAUUUUAUCUCUUUUGAUUAAUUUACAAAUAGAAGCUUAAAUGACUGUCUCUGCAUAUAUAGAGACCUUCGGAUGGGGGGUUUCGUUUGUAAGUUAGUGAAUUCAAGUGACAAGCAAAUCCAAAUUCCAACUAUAUUGUUGAAGAGAUGUUCUUCCUUUUAAGCCUGUCCCGAAAAGAAUGUCAUCUUUCUAUAAUUAAAAUCAAUUUUAACUUCAAAA